AUGGAAACACGCACAGAAUACGCACAACUGCCCUCAACACGGCAAAGUCGCAUGAAAAUCGAUGCCCUCUUAAACCCAGGUGAAGGAGACAGCUACACAGACUCACCUCGCUCGCAACACACCUCAAUCCCAUCUAUCCACAGCUAUCAACACUCGCCAAGUUUCCCCCCAAGUCCAAACUACUGGUAUGGAGGAUACCACGACACCAGUCCGGGGGCACACUCCAGCGCAACCCACAGCAGCAGCCAUAGCCAUAGCCAAGCAGGACCGGGACCAGGACCAGGACCAGUGCUAGCCCACCCCCAACCCCAAAGCCAAGCCCAAAACCAACACAUGUUUCUCACCUACCGCCCCUCCAACCAAAUGAGCGCAACCCCCAGCGCAAGACACAACAGCGCCAGCAACCAAGGCUCGAUUUCCGGCUCGGGCCCAGGUUCCCGCUCCACCAACUCCUCCCCAGACCCCUACCACCCCCAAAGCCGCGAACGCUACGACAGCGUGUCCAGCAGCUCCAGCGCAAACGCGGACCGGCGCCGGCCUCCGCGGCCCAAGUACGAGGAGGAGGAGAUGUACUUCAUCUGGUACCAUCGCGUUGAUCUGUGUCAGGAGUGGAAGGAGGUGCGCGAGGCGUUUAAUCGGCAGUUCCCUGAUCGCCAACGACGCGGCUUUCAGGGCAUCCAGUGCAAGUUCUAUCGCUUCAUUAAGGAGAAGAAAUGUCCUACGUUACGGGAGCAGCGUCGCAUGCGCGAUGGCGAGUUCCUUCGCGAGGGCACGAGUGUUCAGGGUGGGACUGAUUCUGGGGCACCGCGGUUUGGGGUUAUUGAGUGGGGGAAGGUUUGGUAUCCUUGGAUGAGAGAGAGUCGGGAAGAGAUUUUGAGGUUGUGA